GUUAGCGCCCUCCCGCGAGCGGAAGGCGUGUGCUCAGUUCCGGAGCGGUCGCCACCGGUUGGGGGAAACUACCGACGGCUGCUGCACCAUGGCGUCGGUCGGGACCCUCGCCUUCGAUGAAUAUGGGCGCCCUUUCCUCAUCAUCAAGGAUCAGGAUCGCAAGUCUCGUCUUAUGGGACUUGAGGCUCUCAAGUCUCAUAUCAUGGCGGCAAAGGCUGUAGCAAAUACCAUGAGAACAUCACUUGGACCAAAUGGACUUGAUAAAAUGAUGGUGGACAAGGAUGGCGACGUGACGGUCACAAACGACGGCGCCACCAUUCUGAGCAUGAUGGAUGUCGAUCACCAGAUUGCCAAGCUGAUGGUGGAGCUGUCCAAAUCCCAGGAUGAUGAAAUCGGAGAUGGCACCACGGGGGUGGUUGUCCUGGCCGGUGCCCUGCUGGAGGAGGCCGAGCAGCUGCUGGACCGCGGCAUUCACCCGAUCAGGAUCGCCGACGGCUACGAGCAGGCCGCCCGCAUUGCUAUCGAGCACCUGGACAAGAUCAGCGAUAGUGUCCUCGUGGACAUGAAGGACACUGAGCCCCUGAUCCAGACCGCCAAGACCACGCUGGGCUCCAAAGUGGUGAACAGCUGUCACCGGCAGAUGGCCGAGAUCGCCGUAAACGCCGUCCUCACCGUGGCCGACAUGCAGCGCCGGGACGUGGACUUCGAGCUCAUCAAAGUGGAAGGCAAAGUGGGCGGCAGGCUGGAAGACACCAAACUCCUCAAGGGCGUGAUCGUGGACAAAGAUUUCAGUCACCCGCAGAUGCCCAAACAAGUGGAGAACGCCAAGAUCGCCAUCCUCACGUGUCCGUUCGAGCCGCCGAAGCCGAAGACCAAGCACAAGCUGGACGUGACGUCUGUGGAGGACUACAAGGCCCUCCAGAAGUACGAGAAGGAGAAGUUCGAGGAGAUGAUCCAGCAGAUUAAAGAAACAGGGGCUAAUCUAGCUAUUUGCCAGUGGGGCUUCGACGACGAAGCGAAUCAUCUGCUGCUUCAGAAUAACCUGCCUGCGGUUCGCUGGGUGGGAGGACCCGAAAUAGAGCUGAUCGCCAUCGCGACGGGAGGCCGCAUCGUGCCGCGGUUCUCGGAGCUCACCUCGGAGAAGCUGGGCUUUGCCGGGCUUGUGAAAGAGAUCUCCUUCGGGACCACUAAGGACAAAAUGCUGGUCAUCGAGCAGUGUAAGAACUCCAGGGCAGUGACCAUUUUCAUCAGAGGAGGAAAUAAGAUGAUCAUCGAGGAGGCCAAGCGAUCCCUUCACGACGCUCUGUGUGUCAUCCGGAAUCUCAUCCGCGACAACCGCGUGGUGUAUGGCGGGGGCGCCGCCGAGAUCGCGUGUGCACUGGCAGUGAGCCAGGAGGCCGACAAGUGCCCGACGCUGGAGCAGUACGCCAUGCGGGCGUUCGCCGACGCGCUGGAGGUCAUCCCCAUGGCCCUUUCUGAAAACAGCGGCAUGAAUCCCAUCCAGACGAUGACCGAAGUCCGGGCCAGACAAGUGAAGGAAAUGAACCCCGCUCUGGGGAUCGACUGUUUGCACAAGGGCACAAACGAUAUGAAGCAGCAGCAUGUCAUAGAAACUUUGAUUGGCAAAAAGCAGCAGAUCUCUCUUGCAACGCAAAUGGUGAGAAUGAUCUUGAAGAUCGAUGACAUCCGGAAGCCUGGAGAGUCUGAAGAAUAAGGGGAAAAUGGAGACUAAAUGCAGUGAGGCCCCCCGCCGUGGCGGAAUAAAGGGGUGUCUGGUGGCGCAUCUGCAGUUGUUACGGUCUCCUUCCCAGACCCUGCGGGUGCUGCUGUAAUAAAUAGAAAACUCUUUGGUACCUGCGGUUUUCCGUGCUCAGAGACUCAUGCCAGCGGAUGUGCUGUUGCGCGGGCUUCUGUGUAUGUCCUAUUAAAGCGGGCUCUCCGGCCCACCACUGUCUCCUUC